CCUCAUGUGAUUAAUACGCCAGCGAUUACUCCUAAUGGUGUGAACGCUUUUAACUCAUCUUGCGGCAGUUCUUGCCCUCUUCCUGGCAAUAAUCCUUACAUUGUGGAUAAUUCACCUCAUGCGGUGAAUGAUAUUUAUCAAGAUCAGGAAUCUUCUACAAUGCGUGAUUAUCAUCAUAUUUCGCAACAGAAACGAGUCUAUGAGCUUCCUGAGUUUCCUGGAAAUGUGGGUUUCAAUAAUCAUCAAUUUGCACAAUCCAUGAAUAUUCCGCAGAUUGAACCCAGUAGACAGAU